GAAAUGCGAGUUGUUUUCACAUGUGGUUUAUGUGAGACCAUUUGUGACGAAUAUGUAAGUCAUGAAUGUUUACGUAAUUACAAUGACGUCCAUAUCGAUGAAAAUUAUUAUUUUUUUUCACUUUUAGAUGAUAAAGUUACAAUCCUCCGUCGUGCAUUAUUACCGAAUGGCACUGAAGGUGUUAUUCACGAAAAAUUAUAUCCCACGAAUGAUGAAAAUCAAUGCCCCAAUACAGAUAAAAGUUCAAAUGCAUCAAUAAGUAAGAAGCAAAACAAUACUGGCUCAACGGCUAAGCGAAGUAAAAAACUAAACGAUGACGAAGUCGAAAUUUUACUUUUGGAAGUGCAAUCUAGACCACCGUUAUGGAAUUUCGAGCUUCCUCUUGUGCAGCGAAGUAAAGAAAUUGUUACAGCAUUAUGGCAAGAAGUAUCUCGGGCAUUGAAUGGACAGUUAACAGCAGAUGGUGCAAGAAAAAAAUUUAAAAGCUUACGAGACACUCAUCGAAAGUUAAUCGGAGAUGAACAUCAUGGAAGUGGAUCAGGAAGAGUGGAGCAGAGAGAAAAAUUGAAAUUUUACAAAUCAUGUGAAUUUCUGCGGGACAGUUGCCUUAUAAGACCGUAUGAAAACAAAAUAAUAAAUAUCGUAGCUACUGAAUUAACGCGUAGCAAUAUGCCAGACAACGUCGAUGUAGGUGAACAUGAUGAUCAUCGUAAUACUUCAAUGAAUGACAGUGAAAGUGCAGCCGACAGUUUGCUGAAGAAGGAUAUCUCGACACAUAGAAAAUCACGUAAACGAAACAGAGAAAGUGAGGAGACAGAUACUUUGGAUUCAUUGAGUCGAAUUGCUGAUAAAAUCUGUAAUGAAUCUAUAAAACCUGCAUUACCUACCCCACCGAGUAUCGAUGUAAUUGAUAAUUUUAUGAUAGGUAUUGGACAUCAAAUUCGAAAAUUACCUGAAGAAUUUCAUUUUGAGGUUAUGAUAGAGAUAAUGAACUUAGUUCAUAAUAUAGAAAAACAGUAUUCAGCAUGCUAA